CUGGAGAGAUACAUGUUUUUAUUCUUCGUGUUUUUGUAUGAUUGAUAACAAAUGUUAUUAUUGUGUUUGCAGAAUUUCUGUGGAUGAAAGAAGAAAACAUCAAUAAAAACAGGUGUUAUUCAAGUAGGAAGUUCUAGGAUAUGCUAAAAAAUUGUGAUCUUUAUUAUAGCUUCUACAUGCAGUCUCAUUGACAGUUUUACAUCUUACAUAUUAAAGUGCUAGUGAAUUGUUUUCAACCAAAUCAAAAGUAAAUACAUUUUACUUGAGAACUAUGAAUUAAUUUGGGUUUGAAAAGAACUGUAGACUUUAUUAUAGAUUCAACACGCAGUUUCAUUGAAUGUUUUACAUCGUGUUACUGGAUUGUUUUCGGCCAAACCAAGAGAUGGAUUAAGAAUGAAUUGGGGUCUAAAUGGAUCUGGGAUAAUAGUCCAUAGAACAUUGAUCCCAACAUUCUGACGUGUAUGACAUAUGUCCGGGUUUGUUGCGGAACACCAUAUGGUGAUAAAGCAAAGUUCAGUGCCUUUUUCAUGCGGUGCUAAGAAAACGUAAGCUAAUGUCUGUUACAUGUGGUAAUUUGCUUACUAAUUGAUAUCGUACGAAUCAGUCUACAAUGUACACACAAAGGAUAACUUUAGUGUAACGAGAUGGUAAAUGCAUAGUUUUGGUGAACAUUGUGGAUAUUGACUGUUAAACAUAUAUUCUUCGAUUUUUGUUAUAUUGUUUUAUAUGAAGUGCAAUAAUUUACGAUGAAAAUGUUCGGAGCUACGUUAAAUAUAUUCGUGUUGUCGAUAUUUAUCAGUUAUGUUUUAAGUGAUGUUAAUGUUGAAUCGAACAAGCACGACAGAUCUAUAAAUGAAAUAAAGGAAAAUGUUACUCAUGAACUCGAUAAUAAAAUCACUACCGAAAAUCCUAACGUGGUAUACAAAGAAACGGCAAACACUCGUUCCACUGAAAACCCAUCCUUGGUCAAGAACCAGGAUACGACCGAACACCAGAGGAGCGAAAUGUACGGGUCUACUCCACCUCCGAUCAAAACAUUAAAUGGACAUUCACACGCUAUGGACCCAAUUGAUAAGUACUUGGUCGGGGGAAUACUUGAUAUAGUUGAUGGGAAGUUUGAAACGUUGAAUAAACGUGUCAUGACUUUGGAACGAGGGAUCAAUAAUAUGCAGUAUUACAAUGUACGCAGUUUCAGAGUUGUUAAUACUCACUUACAUGCAGUUGAUACCAUUCUCCAUAGUCUACACACACAAGUUAAUCAGGUGGAACAACACAGCCAACUGUUUGAACAAAGUAUAGGAUCUGUCAAACACGAAGUUACUGACCUCCAUACAAAUAAUUAUGCCAUGCUUCAAGCCAUUGAACAAAACCUUGCCUUUUAUCAUGCAGACUUACAAAGUAGACUAAGUGAGGUUCAUCGGGAAAUUGAAAACACAAACCAGCGAAUAGAUGAUAUGAAAAAUGAAACUUCUGAGUUUAGCAAAGAGGUUGAUGGACUACGAUUGAACCAGGAGAGCAUACAGAUGGGCAUGGCAUCAGCGAAUGCGUUAUCAAAGGAACUCAUUAAAUCAUCGCACUUGACUCUGAAUGAAACACAAAUGAUUAAAGAGAGGUCUAAAGACAUUGAAAUUCAAGGUUAUAGCAUGAAUAAAAUUAUAGAGAUAAUAGCUAGAAAUGUUUCUAUGAUAUCAAAAGAUUCCGAUGAAAUGCGAAACGCCAUGUCCCUGAUUCUUGCAAAUAUAUCAACAAAUGAGAUACAUAUGAGAGCAAGAAGGCCCCAUGUCGGAGAACCAGAAAGUGUUCUUGACGGUGAUUACGCAAACGAAACAUUCCAGGAGCUACGUGUGACCAAAGAGCAGACACACAUAUCCUGUGCAAAGGUAUUUGAGCUUCUGGAUGAAAAAUUGAAACACAUGAAUGUGACAGUUUCAUCCACCAAAGACAACUCACCACGAGAAGAUUGUUCUUCUUCAAAAGAUUUUCCCGCUGAUUUCAAAAAUCAAUCAAGGAAGCUUAUGCGAGCACUUGCUACCGUCAAUGAGAAUGUGUACCAAUCAGUUACACUUUACAGACACACUGGCAAUCUUAUAGAACGUGUUAUUUCAGACACUGACAUUGUUGCACAAGAACAGAUGAAACUUAGAGAGGAUUUAGUAAAUUUUCUCCUCAACGGUACGUUUGAACUCUUUAACCGAUCCUUACCAGAAUUUUCCGAUCUUAAUUCGCGAACACAAACCACACAAAAUACAAAUGAACACACAGAUGAGAACAAGUGUGUCUUGAGUGAACAUAUACUACAAGAAAUGUCCUAUCUGUCGAAGAACAGCUCUCAGUUAAUUGAAUUAAUGACAGAUAUAGCUUCCAGUAGCUCGGGUGCACUGAAGGAUUCACUAAAUAAAUUAAACAAAGAGAUUGAACUAUUAAGCAAACAAUCCCCUUCGUUUGAGAAUUUCAAAUUGCCCGAGCAUGCAGAGGCGUUUUCUAAGGAUGAGCCGAAAACUGGAAAUAACAUCUUAAGAGACAUUCAGAACAAAACGGACUUGAUUUAUCUCUUUGCUGAAGCUAUAGCAUCAAAUACUGGUUGGAUACCAUUUGUUUACCACAGGGUGAAGUAUGUAGAAAAUCAAGUUAACAAAUCAUUAAAUAUAAUUACUGGAAUGGACACAAAAACCGAAGAAAUCCUUCUGAGACAGAAGGCAAAUAUGGCAUUUAUGUUUAAACCAAUUAAGAAACAUCUAGAUGAACUAGCUGACGACUUGAAUUUUGAUUCCAAGUCACAGCAAGCGGAUAAGAUAUCUUCUUCAACACCCAGUACAAUGGAAACAGAACCAAUCGUUUCAACAACACCAGUUACACAAAAUACAGCUGAAUUCGAAGCUGGUUUUGGCGAGAGUUCACAAGAGGAACAAGGAGAAAAUGUUUUAUCAUCCGCUUUGAAUGGAAUGGUGGAAUUUAUGUUCCAAACAUCGAAGAAAGUUAACCGGUUGAUUCCGGCCUUAACACAUCUUCUAGGUGAACCAGAACCAUACAUCACACUGAUAGAUGGCGGCACAGAUCGGGGAGGGCGUGUCGAGAUUUACCACAAGGGGGAAUGGGGUACGAUAGCCACGCCCAUUAACCACGUGGAAGCUUCAUAUAUAUGCCGGAAGUUGGGUUAUCUAGGAGGUGUGGCCACUGUUGGGGGUCAUUUCGGCUCCGGUUCAGGUGCAUUCUGGCAGCUGAAUGUCACGUGCCUCAGGACGCGAUGGUGCAACGCUGUGAGCCAUGUAACUGACCCAUCAGCGUACAACCACAAUGACGACGCCGGCGUUAUAUGUGAUCAUAUGCUUCGGCUUACUAAAAUAAAUGAAGAUGACGAAUCUGAGAUAGCACGCCAAUCCGGAAAGCUUGAGAUAUAUCACCAAAACUCGUGGGUUCCCGUUUGUCACGACAGCUGGAGCCAAGAGGAAACGAUAGUUGUGUGCAAACAGUUAGGGUUUGUAGAAGGUGCAUCAAGGCCAGUUCAGGACAAUUCAAUAACGACUUCUGAUUGGAUGAUGAAUGUCACGUGUUCCGGACACGAAUACAGACUUGAUGCGUGCUCAUACAGUGGAUUUGUGUACAAUGGCUGUUCAUCGUCGAAAUAUGUAUAUAUUGUAUGCAGUUAAAUAUAAUUCCACUGCUUUCGAAAAUACCAGGUUGUACGUAUAAAAUGAAGCUAUUUGACUCGGACUGAUCUCUUUUGGCAGUAUUAUUGUUCGAAUUCCAUUUCCGCCAUCCAUUAGUGUGUAUAAUUAUUUGGAAAAUAUACUUCGGAAUAUGUAAAAGAAUAUUUGUUCACAGUUUUAUGUUUAGACUGAAGAGUAUAAUAUAACUGUGUAGAGUGAUGUUUUGAAACGAUUCUUCUGCUAACUUUGCUUUAGUGACUCUAUUUAAUGAGCUUUUUGUUGAUUUCAAUCUUAUGUACAUAGGCAUAUACAUACUAUUGACAUUCGAAAUAAGGCCUCUGAAUAAGAAACUUGUUUAACAUGCACAUGUCUGUUUGACAAUCAUCAAAACUCGUCCAUCUUGGACAAGUUUCGGGAUAGUCAAAUAUGUUGGAAAAAUGGCCGAGGUAUUGCGAUUGGUCUGUUUGAGUGUAUGUGUUUUGAUAUUAUAUUCAUAAAAAUGUAUUAUUUACUACAAGUUUGGUAUGAUGUUUGCUUAUAAUGUAUUACUCAUGUACCUUGAAUACCAGGUCGGAAUAAAUGACAUAUGGGCCA